UACCCGGUGGGUAAACAAAAUAUUUUCCUUCUUAAAAAGGAACAUUGCUACAUCUAAUCCUUAUUAUAAAUUAUUGUGCGUGCACGCACUUCCAAGCUUAGCUCAUUGCAUCAAGUUUCCCUGAAAGUGUUAACUUGCACAAAAAAAGGAGGCGUAACCGCGUAAAAUUAGGUAAAGUAGAGCGGAGAGAGAGCAUGGUGAUGUCAACAAAUCUAAAGCAAGUAUUUCGUAUGAACGAGGGGACAGAUGAAGGCAGUUAUGCAAAAACGUCCUACAUUCAGAAGGAAGUGCUAUCAUUGACAAAACCAAUAAGAGAAAAGGCCAUAAGGGAGUUCUACUACAGGGAACAACCAACAACCUUAUGCAUAGCAGAUUUGGGUUGUUCCUCUGUUGAGCUAAGCAACUUAAGUCCGGUGUUUGGACUCCUAGAAUCUGUUGAAAAUGCUCGUCGACAGCUAGGAAAAGGGCCACAAGAGUAUCAAAUUUACUUGAAUGAUCUUCCAGGAAAUGAUUUCAAUACAAUAUUUAGGUCAUUGGGAAGCUUUGGGGAUAAGCUUAAACAAGAAAUGGGAGAUGAUUUUGGGCAUUGUUUUACUAAUGGUGCUCCCGGCUCUUUCCAUGAAAGGCUUUUCCCCUUCAAUCAUAUGCAUUUUAUCCAUUCUUCAUAUGGUCUUCACUGGCUAUCACAGGUACCAAAAGGAAUAGAAGAUAACAAGAGAAACAUUCACAUAGCAAAGACAAGGCCACCACAUGUGGUUAAAGCUUACACUGAGCAAUUUGAAAGGGACUUUUGGAAGUUUCUUAGGUAUCGCUCUGAAGAAGUAGUGGCAGGAGGGAAGAUGGUGCUGACAUUAGCGGCAAGGAAAAGUAGGGAACCAUAUAGCAAGGAAUCUUGUUACAUUUGGGACAUUCUUGCUACAGCUCUCAAUGAUAUGGUUGAUGAGGGUUUCAUAGAGGAAGAUAAGUUAAGUACUUUCAAUAGUCCUAUGUACGCUCCGUCAGAGGCAGAGUUAAAUCAUCUUGUGGAGAAAGAAGGAUCAUUCAACCUCGAUCAAGUUCAUAUUUCUGAAGUCAGUUGGAAACCAAAUGAACAAUAUAAGAAUUCAUACGACAAUCCCCUUGAUCACAAUGACGUUGCUAAAUGCAUGAGAGCUGUGGUAGAGUACUUACUCAUAAGUCAUUUCGGAGAAGCCAUAAUAGAAGAGGUGUUCCUUAGGUUCAAAGAAAUCAUUAGAGUUUCAAUGGCCAAAGAGAAUAGUGUGUUCGUCAAUCUUACGAUUUCAUUGACAAAAAACUGUUAAUAAAUUCUCAUCGAGAAAAUAGUUAUAGUUGUUUCAAUAAAGGUUUCUCACAUUAAUUAUACUAGCUUUUUUGCACGCACGCGAUACGUGCGUGAAUUAUUUUAGCAAUUAUUAUUAAAUUUUAUCUAA